UUGAAAACUAUGAAAAUAAAACGCUCAUUGCCGGCUUGUUUAUGUCUACCCAAAAUAUUAUAAAGAGACAACACAAGUACACACUACUAUGCCAUUGAAAUCUACACAAUCAUAAAAUGGCCAAGAGCAAUAUUCUCUUGCCCCUGCUGCAUAUCAUUCCUCUUUUGCUAAAUUUCCAACAACUUUGCCAUGGGAAGGUUUUCAUGGAGUAUAUAGGUGCUACUGGCAAACCUGUAACAUUUGAUCAGGUCCCAAUAGAGCAGGGCAUUGACUUCCACUUUGUCCUGAGCUUUGCCAUCGACGCAGACCCAUCUGCAAAUCCUGCAAAUGGCACGUUUUCGCCAUACUGGGCUUCAACCUUAACCCCGGACUCAGUUGCAGCCAUCAAGGCAGAGUACCCUAAUGUCAAAGCCUUAGCUAGCCUUUCCGGGUGGAGCCUCCACGAGAAGAAGCUUAACUGGUACAAGCCAGCAGACCCGCAGCUCUGGAUAACAAAUGCAUUCACUUCACUCCAAGAGAUCAUUAACACAUAUCAUCUGGAUGGCAUUGACAUAGACUAUGAGAGGUUUCCUAGGCACAAUGAGAGCUUCGCCUACUGUAUAGGCGAGCUGAUCGCUCUCCUAAAGAACCAAAGCGUUAUUUCAGUGGCAACAAUAGCGCCAUACUACAGCACAGUCAUACCCUAUAUUCAGCUAUAUGAAAACUAUGGAGAUCUCAUAGACUAUGUCAACCACCAGUUCUAUACAGAUAAAGUUAGGACACCAGAGGGGUACCUUGAAGCCUUCAAAUUGAGGACUGCACAAUUUGGCAAGGAGAAAGUGUUGCCCAGCUAUGAAGUCAACGGAAGAGGGAUCCAAGGGGAUGCAUUCUUUCAAGCUCUGCAACUCCUGGAAAAGAAUGGGUUUGAUAUCAAGGGAGCCAUGAUAUUCUCAGCUGACGCUUCUGCUGAUAACAAUUACUACUAUGAGAGGAAAAUACAAGCCUUCUUGCUCAAUUCUACGCAUGUGUGAGGUUUUAUUGUUUAUACUCUACAACUAUCAAAGUAGUGAAAAUUCAGUGGCAAGACUGCCUCACUGGCUCAGCAUUCUACCUGUUGGUUUAUCUUUUGAUUUCCUUCAGGAUCGAAAGCUAGUGAGGAAGGCAUGCCACAAAUUUUAUCAAAUUUGAGAUGUUGGUGUUGGUACAAAAAUAAGAUACACCUUCCUUUUCUCACUCCAUGAGAGCAUUUUGUUCUGCUUCCCUUGUGAGAAAUGGUGAAAAAUAAACAAAUAUUUGCAAACAGAAAAUAUCAGAACAUUAAUUACAGCCAAUUGUACAAACAGGUUUGAAGGACAACCAAACCAAGUACACUCUACAGAAAUUUUCAGAUUAUAAGCAAAA